GCCCUCUGGGCAGGCCUCCCCGUGGCUGCCUCUUCUCCUAGGACCCCCACAGCAGGGCUGCACGCUCUGCUUUCAGGUUUCUCUAAGGGCCUUUCUUCUUCUGUCUGCUUCCCUGUCCUGCCAGGUUUCCGUCUUCCUGUUUCCCUUCCUGGGCUGCUGGCAGUGAGGGGCUGUGCCCAGUUGGCCUCUUGGAGAUGCUCAGUGCUCUGGAUCGCCGGGACCGGCCUCCUGAAGAGGGGGCACCUGCAGGGCUCCAGGGCUUUGCUGUGGACAAGACCUUCCUCUCCUCCCUGAAAGGCAUCCUGCUGGAAACUGAGCUGGCCCUGACCUUCAUCAUCUUCAUCUGCUUCACGGCCUCCAUCUCCGCCUACAUGGCCGCGGCGCUGCUCGAGUUCUUUAUCACCCUCGCCUUCCUCUUCCUCUAUGCCACCCAGUACUACCAGCGAUUUGAUCGGCUGAACUGGCCCUGUCUGGAUUUCCUCCGCUGUGUCAGCGCCAUCAUCAUCUUCCUAGUGGUCUCCUUUGCAGCUGUGACCUCCCGAGAUGGAGCUGCCAUUGCUGCUUUUGUUUUUGGCAUCAUCCUGGUUUCUGUCUUUGCCUACGACGCCUUCAAGAUUUACCGGACUGACAUUGUGCCCAGGGCCACCCAGGGGGACCAGCAGUGACUCCAGGGCUACAGCCGGACCAAGGGGACAGUGGAGCCCAGACACACCUCUCCUGGAUUUACUAGCUCUCUAGCUCACUGUUCCCCACCUCAGAGCUACAGAGAUGAAGACUGGCCUGAGAAGUCACGGGGACUUGUUUGUGGGCCUGGUGCUCUAAGAUAGGGCUCCCGAUGAAGCUGGACUGAAGAAGGGUAUUAUGGAGGGAGGCGUG